GAGGACCAGGAGAAUGUGCAGAUCCUGCCUGCAGGGGAGGGGUCGCAGGCCAACCAGAAGAGGAUCACAACCCAAUACAUGACCAAAUAUGAGAGGGCCAGGGUGCUGGGGACACGUGCACUCCAGAUAGCGUGAGUACACCUCAGCAGUGUUUCAAUACGCUAGGAAAGUGAAACUCCCACUCCUUUCCAGUAAUGUCUUUCUGCUCUUGAGUCCCUGUGAAUACGGUCUAUUAAAAAGAGCCUGUGUCCAGCCUGUUAGUUGAGAGCUAGUAACCAUCUAUGGGUUUCUCAAAUGAGCAUUUCGGAAGUGAAUUUAAAUACGAUACAGAGAUUACCUUUACCUUUAUUUCUUACAUGUAAUGCAUAUGUAUGAUUCCACUCAUGUCUUGCCUUUACUCAAGACAAUAUUUUGUCUGUAGGUGAAUAUCAAUAUAGAAACAGAGAAACUAGGACUCAACUAGCUAAAAAGACAACCAUAAUACACGUGACAACUGACUGCAUCCUAAACGAUCAAAUACGAAGGUAAAGCUAGCUGUUUGGUAAAGAAUUACAACAACAAAAACAUUCCCAAAGCUAACGUGAAUCACAACAUUACACCGUAAUGUUUGAAGGAGCUAAGUGCCUACAGCAUGGCUGAAAAUAUGUACAAUAAAGGGAACAAAAUAUAGCAGUGGGCACGGAAGAUAAAUCUCCUCUCACAUGGAUGCCACAUUCCCAGCGUAUUACAACAGAUGUCUUUUUUUGCCACUACGACAGGUACCACUCACCUUGUGCUCUUGCCAUAUUCUCUACCUCAGGUGUCAACUGCAGGUUUAGUUGGUGACGAGUAUUCUGCUGAGUAUGUGGAGGAAUGUGUAGUCUGAUAUCUCUGACAUGUUGUCUCUGUCACUAUUCAUACCCUUUUCUGUGAUAUAGGAUGUGUGCCCCAGUCAUGGUGGAGCUGGAGGGAGAGACAGACCCUCUGCAAAUUGCUAUGAAAGAGCUAAAGUAAGCUAUGCUUAAUCUCAUAGUUGUUUUCCAGUUUAUGAUGGAAGGAGUCUAUACAGUUUGAUACUUGGAGAGUGUCUGUUACUCUUCAGUAUAUGAUUGAGUGUUUUUUCUGUGACCGUUACAGGUGCAGGAAGAUUCCCAUCAUCAUCCGGCGGUACCUUCCUGAUGGCAGUUAUGAAGAUUGGGGCUGUGACGAGCUCAUCAUCACAGACUGA